UGUUGAAUUUUCUUGGGAGAAUGUAGUGGAUAAUUAUUAUCUCCAAGCAAAGGGUAGAUCAUGAGAGACCGUGUAACUGGGAUACACUUCGCCGUGUUGAACAAACAUAAACAAAAAUAUCUUGAUGUUUUGUCAUUUCGAGUUCUUCUGGUCAAAGAUGAAAAGCUGUGUGAGCUAUCUUGUGUUGGAAGCCAUCAAUGUUUCUCGUUCAACUUGGUAGCCGAUGGAGGAAUGUUAAGAUGUGAACUUCUUUCAACCGACAUGUUCAAUUCUUCGCAAAAAUUUAUCUACAAAACUAACUCCGUGCACUUCAGCAUUAAGUCAACAUGCUACCCGAUGCCAUGCAAGAACAACGGCACAUGUAUUCCAUUCUACAACAAUAACACUCAUUCCUGUAACUGCACGUAUCCCCCAUAUUACGGGGAACAAUGUGAUAAGGUCGAAGGCCUUCAUUGGAGUCCUUGGAGUUUGUGGUCAGACACGUGUGGUCCUAAACCGAUCCAGACAUCGUUAACAAAACACCGAUCAAGAAACUGUACUUACAAUAGUCCACGAGGAGAGGAACCUUCUAAUGAAUGUGUAGGGCUAUCGGUUGAGACACAAAACUGUGAAUCCAUUCCUAUGACAGCAGAGGAAAUAGCCGGGUGUGAUAGCUCUGUUGGUCUUGAAGACAACAGGAUCACUGACUCACAGAUGACAGCAUCUUCCUACUACCCCUCUCCAGGUAUAACAUACCCAUGGUAUGCCCGCCUAAACCAUCACAUAGCAUGGGCACCGUCAACACCAUCUAUUGGCGAAUACCUUCAAAUCGACUUCAAAAAGAAAAUGAGGCUUACGAAGAUUGCUAGUCAGGGAAGAAGUAACUCUAAUCAGUGGGUUACAAAAUAUUCCUUGAAGUAUAGUGAUGAUGGUAGUACAUGGGAAAACUAUGGUAGUGACAGCUAUAUUAAGGAAUUUGAUGCCAAUAACGAUGUAUCCACAGUAGUGACUCAUACCCUUGAGGUUCCAAUAGAUGCGAGGUACAUACGGAUCAUAGUAGUGGGAUAUAAUUCCUGGCCAGCGAUAAGAAUGGAAUUGUACGGGUGCACUUAUCCUUGAUGAAUAUACGGGAAUCAUAUUCCCAUCCCAUAUACCAUUUAAUUGGAGAAAAAAUGUAUGUUGGUCACCGUAUGGAUGAUAUGCCUGGAAACACCUGGGGCAUAUUUUAGGCACCGUUUGCUUGUUUGAUUCCGUCUUUUGGGUCUUGAACAACUUGGUCAUCAAGCUUUAUAGGAUGUUUUCACGUUUUGAAUACGAUUUACCUCCAUUUUCAAUUUUGAAUAUUGAACUCAAUCCAGUUCGUCAGCCAAAAAAAGAUAGAUAAACAUAUUCCUGGGGACUGGGGACUGGGGACUUCAGACGUCAGGGGA